GUUCCAAAUAAAACUUAACCUCGCAGAUACUCGCUUCGAAACAGCUGAUGGGUACAAAGGAAUAAAACAUUGUAUUUUGGAGUGAAGCUAUUUACAAAAUCGGUUAAUACCUCAAGAUGACAACAAGUGUCCUGGGAUUUUUUAACCAUGAAUCAGAUUAGUCAUAUUUAAAAGAAAUAGAGUGAAACGAGUGCUGGAAAUGAGUCUACCCACUGUCAACGAUUAUUCUUUUCUCGAAAAAAUUGGAACUGGAAGUUAUGCUAUAGUUUACAAGGCUGUCAAAAAGACUACCCCACGUGAAGUAAUAGCAAUAAAAUGUGUGGACAAGUCAACUCUUUCAAAAUCAGCAAUCGACAAUCUUGUGACAGAAAUCAACCUAUUGAAAAUCUUGAAGCACGAACACAUUGUCGAAAUGAAGGACUUCUUUUGGGACGAAGGGAACAUUUACAUCGCCAUGGAAUAUUGUGAUGGUGGAGAUCUUUCAAAUUUCAUUAAAAAGAAACAUAAGCUGCCAGAAAAUGUUUGUAGAAAAUUUCUGCAACAGCUCGCUCUGGCCUUGAAGUAUUUACGCGAAAAUAGCGUUUGUCACAUGGACUUAAAACCACAAAACUUGUUGUUAAUGAAAAGGCCGAAGCUCACUCUCAAAGUUGGAGAUUUUGGUUUCGCUCAGUACCUUGCACCUUCAGAACAAAAAUUCACUAUUCGUGGAUCACCUCUCUACAUGGCACCCGAAAUACUCCUACGGCAUAAGUACGACUGUCGAGUUGAUCUAUGGAGUGUCGGUGUAAUUAUGUAUGAGUGCCUUUUCGGCAAGGCUCCGUACUCCAGUAACAGUUUUCAGGAGUUGGCCGAAAAAAUUAAGGACAUGCGACCAAUUGAGUUGCCAAAGAGUUCAUAUAUAUCGCCAGCCUGCAAGAACUUGUUGCUUUCGCUGCUUAAGCACAACCCUUCCGAACGAAUUACGUUCGAAGACUUUUUCGCACAUGAGUUUUUGGACUUGAAGCAUGCACCCAUUCAGGAAAAUUUCCAUCAUGCGGUAGCACUCGUUCAGAAGGCAGUCCAAUCAGAUGCACAGAAAAAUACAAAAGAGGCCAUUCAUCUUUACUCAGAGGCACUUCGUUACUUCAUCCCUCUUCUUAUAAAUGAAGUCGACCUGCAAAGGAAAGAAGCUCUCAGAUCGCGAGUCAAUGAGUACAUAAAACGGGCUGAACAAUUGAAAAACGUUUGCUUAAAUUAUGACAGGAGCGAAGAGCGAGGAGUCAUGCAGAAGGAAGAUGAGCGUGCACCCUCUUUGCAGCGGAUGAAUACCCUCGAUCGCUCGACUAGUUUCUCCUUUACUGAAUUAUUUGCUCUCAGUAAAAGUACGACAGGAAUGUCUGGGGCGCUGGAGAUCGGUGAGGCUGCUGAACAGUAUCUUGCCGAGGGCAAUUACGCCCUUGCUCUGGAAAAAUUUCAGUCCUCGCUAGGCGUUCUUGUACCACUCUUGGGUAAAGAACCACCAGGUCGAAGAAGAGACCUUCUGCACAAACAGGUGCAGCUUUGGAUGAAAGCAGCUGAAAGCACUAAAGAACUCCUUGUCACUAAAGACAUCGAUCCGCAAGCGGCAAACGAAACUCAUGAACAGUGCGUUUUACAAUAAGAUAAAGAUUUUGUUUAGUUAAAAUAUUACAUCUGGAUUUUUGACAAUUUAAUUUAGUCUAAUUUAACAUUAAUGGUGUACACACGUUGUUUCUAGUAAAUACAAAAUACGUAUAUAAUUGUUGUUUACAGUGUCUUCGAAUUUUAAGGAAAAACAAAAUCUGUUUUUAAUUUUUAUAUUCGUUCUACGAUUGUAUAUUGAAAGUAGGUUAAUUUUAUUUGAAGGAGCAGACGAGUAGCCCUGAAAUAUUUUAGCGAAUAAGCAAAAUUUAUUGGAAUGAAUUUCAAAUAAAUGUUUAAUAAAUUGUA